CAAGAAACAGCUCGUGAGUGGUGUGAAUGUGAAUGCCUUGGGCGUACCUGGAGAUCUUUUAAUUGGUUCGCAUUGUUGAGUUUAACUUCCUGAGGAUGGACAAAAUAGAAAGCGUGAUACACGACACGCUCAAGGGUCUGGCGAUAAACGACGAUGCAGCCGAUAUCAUAGACUACAGCCUCGCCGAUCAAGUGGAGGAGCUUGCUGCUAAAGGAAUCGAGUCCGCCGUGCUACCUGACUACAAACCAGUUGUCAAGAAGUCGGUGACUUACAUCGUCGCUGCAGUCGCCAUCAACGAAAAAGGCGAGGUCCUUAUGAUGCAGGAAGCGAAAAGUUCUUGCGCAGGCACGUGGUACCUGCCUGCUGGACGAAUGGAGCCUGGUGAAAAUAUCAUUGAGGCUGCCAAGCGAGAAGUUAUGGAAGAAACCGGCCUAGAUUUUGAGCCUUCUACACUUGUGAUGGUCGAAACAGCGCAAGGCCAGUGGUACAGAUUUGUUUUCAGUGGAACGGUAGUCGGGGGAGAGCUGAAGACGGUGUCGAAGGCAGACGCAGAAUCGCUGCAGGCAGCCUGGGUUGGGGAUGUGGAACAGCUAAGUCUGCGUUGCAGGGACAUCUUGCCCGUGAUUGAACGUGCCCGCCUUUACCACAGUACUCAUGCCAGCCAGCCAUGGCAUCCACCCAUCUUGCCAGCCCUCAGGCCACAUGCCAAGCUCUGCCUGCGCCUGGUCACCAUCAUUCGCAAAAAGGCCAACAACCUCCUCCAUGUGCUUGUGUCUGAGAAGGGUGUUGCACACCUGCCUACCUGCGAGAUCAACCCAUCUCGAAGCAUUCACACUGCACUCAAACGAUUCAUCCAGAACAUGUUCAGCUCAGAACCACCACCUCACAAGCCACUUGGUGUGCUCUCUCUGGAGCAUAAUGGAACUGCAGGAGGAGGAGAACAGGAUGGCAUCUGCCUCUGCGUGCUGGUGUCGUGCAAGGCUUCUGUCGAGGAGGUGGCGCUGACCCCGGGAUACACCUGGCUCGAAGUGAGCUCACCACUCUCUGAAAAGCUGCUUGCGCGCACAGGCCGGAACAUGGCAGUACACCUGAAGGUGCAGUGAAGGCUGGCACGUACGGUGGCUGGGAUUACUUAAUGCUAACUGGCACAACUUAUUGUCACUGUCUUUCUGCCUUCUUUUUGGGGCUUCCAUUUGUUUGAGCGCUGAUUGCACAUGUGAAUGUAGAACUGGAGACGCUGCACUGGUGCUGCUGGAGUGUGCCGGCACAUCUUUCUGUAACUGUACCAUCUUGUGACUCUAAAGAGACAAGCGUCUACUUUUCUUUUCUUCCAAAAUCUGAGUGGCAGUUAACUGUUUGUACUGAGGUACCACAACCACUUCACAGUUAAUAGUCACAAGAGCCGGUGCAUUUAUUUUAUAAGUUCUUUAGCAUUUGUCUCAAGAAUUAUGUGGUAGGAAAGCCAGCAGUGUGGUUUUUAUCGUAG